GCAGCCCUUGCCAUCAUCUCCCUCUGUUUCUCUCUCUCUCCAUCUCUUCUCGCCUUCCCCCUCCCUUCUCCCACCAUUCUGGCAUCGUCUUCUUCUUCUUUCUCCUCCUGCUUGCUUCUGCUUCAGAGAGAGAGGGGCUCUCUCGUGGAGGCUCUCGCCCUCAGAUCUGCGUCGGUCGGGCGGGGGGCGUCUCAGAUCUCGAGAAGCCUCAGCCGAAAGCGAGAGAGUCGCGUCCGUUCCUCCCGUUCGUAUUUCUUCGCCCGUAAGUCCGCGAUCUUUUCUUCGAUCUCGUUGCCUCCGAGGAAGAAUUGGCUGAGAAGCGGGAAGGGAUCCUCCCCGAGUCGGAUCUGGAGCUCCGUCGCUGUCUACGACGCCCGUGCGCCUGGUCGCCGGCCGGAUCUCUCGAUCGCGUCUGAUUCCUCGUGAUUUUGGGAUGCGCGGCGCUUGAUUCGUCGUUCUCGCAAUCAGUGUGGAUUUGUGCUGCUGAAAUUGGCGCCCCAACGUCGAACCCAGCGCCACAUGGGUGGCCAAAUGCAUCAGAGCAAUGCAGCUUUGUAUGAUCAGAUGGGAACGACCAGCGACGCCGGUGACGCGGUCAUGGCGCGCUGGUUGCAAUCAGCUGGGCUGCAGCAUCUUGCUUCUCCUUUGGCUUCCUCGGGCAUCGAUCAUCGCACGCUCCCAAAUCUUCUUAUGCAGGGAUAUGGAGCUCAAUCGGUGGAGGAAAAGCAGAGGCUAUAUAAGUUUUUAAGGAACUUGAAUUUGAAUGGGGACAGUGGGUCAGAACCAUACACACCGCCUACACCAGGCUUGGGGUUCAGUUCCACGAUGGAUGGAUUUUAUUCUCCCGAAUUGAGAGGGGAAUUUGGAGCUGGUCUCUUAGACCUGCAUGCAAUGGAUGACACGGAACUGCUAUCAGAGCAUGUGAUCUCUGAACCUUUUGAGACGUCACCCUUUAUGCCUGCAGUCACAAGGGGCUUUGAUAGUGAUUUUGAUUCAAUGAUUGAGAAGCCACAAAAGGGACAGGCUGAUUCUUCUACUAAAGCAAUACCCAUUGAAAAAGAUAACAAUGUUAAGGAGAACAACAUUGCCAAGAUUAAAGUUGUGGUUCGUAAAAGGCCCUUAAACAAAAAGGAGUUAGCUAGGAAGGAGGAGGAUAUUGUUACAGUCUCUGACACUUCAUGCUUAACUGUUCACGAGCCCAAGCUAAAGGUGGACUUGACAGCAUAUGUGGAGAAACAUGAGUUUUGUUUUGAUGCUGUGCUGGAUGAGCAUGUAACUAAUGAGGAGGUGUAUCGGGUGACAGUGGAACCAAUCAUUCCCACUAUUUUUGAGCGUACAAAGGCAACUUGCUUUGCAUAUGGUCAGACAGGUAGUGGAAAGACUUUCACUAUGCAACCUUUGCCUCUUAAGGCUUCUGAAGACAUUGUUAGAUUAUUGCGUCAGCCUGUGUAUCGUAGUCAGAACUUCAGAUUGUGGCUUAGUUUUUUUGAGAUCUAUGGUGGAAAGUUGUUUGAUCUUCUUAGUGAUAGAAGGAAGUUGUGCAUGAGAGAAGAUGGUCGGCAACAAGUUUGUAUUGUUGGAUUGCAGGAAUUUGAAGUCUCUGAUGUGCAGAUUGUUAAAGAAUAUAUAGAAAAGGGGAAUGCUGCCAGAAGUACUGGUUCUACAGGUGCCAAUGAGGAGUCUUCAAGAUCCCAUGCUAUACUGCAACUUGCAAUAAAAAGGCAUGCAAGUGAAUCCAAAGCAGGAAAACUUGUAGGAAAGAUUUCGUUUAUUGACCUUGCUGGUAGUGAGCGUGGUGCUGAUACGACAGAUAAUGAUCGCCAGACAAGGAUUGAGGGAGCAGAGAUCAAUAAGAGUCUUUUGGCAUUGAAGGAGUGCAUACGUGCACUUGACAAUGAUCAAAUACACAUUCCAUUUCGUGGAAGCAAGCUCACGGAGGUGCUUCGUGAUUCUUUCGUUGGGAACUCAAAGACAGUCAUGAUUUCUUGCAUAUCUCCAAAUGCAGGCUCUUGUGAGCACACAUUGAAUACCCUUCGAUACGCAGAUAGGGUCAAGAGCCUGUCAAAAGGAGGAGGAAGUUCUAAAAAAGAGCAAUCAUCUAGUUCUGUCCCUGCUGGCAAGGAUUCUUCAUCAGCAUCAUCCGCUUUCAUGUCAAGUGAGGCUGAUGACUUUUAUGAUCAAAGUCAGGAUAUGAAAACAGUUGAAACAGGAAGAAAGGCAAUAGAAAGUUUCUAUACCUCUAAUGCUGAUGCUGAUAGAUAUUCUUCCAGCUUGCCACCAAACUAUGCCCUUAAUGGAAGGGAAGAAAGUCGACUGCCAUCCAGUUCCAUGGAUAGGGAUAAGCCUAAUGUCAGGGAGGCUUUUGGUAGUUCAGUUGCUAGCAGUAAAUAUUAUUCCUCGGUUAACUCUGACACACUGGAGGAAGAGAGAGUACAAAAGGUUUCUCCUACUCGUCGAAAGGUGACAAGGGAAGAAAGACCAGAAAAACAGAGCAACUGGACUAAAAAGGAUGCUCGUGCAGAUGUAUCCAUGAGUUAUAAGCAGCAGGAUCAAUAUGAUUCUAAUUCAAAUACGACCACAUCAAAACAAUGCGAUAAUGACCCCAUAAAUCAGGAUGCAGAGAUCCAUGCGUUGCUAGAGGAAGAGGAGGCUCUAAUAUCUGCACAUAGAAAAGAAAUUGAAGAUACCAUGGAUGUCGUUCGUGAAGAGAUGAAGCUGUUGGCAGAAGUAGACCAACCAGGCAGUCUCAUUGAAAACUAUGUGACUCAGUUGAGCUUUGUGUUGUCACGGAAAAUGGCAGGCCUAGUUGGCCUUCAGGCACGACUAGCAAGGUUUCAACAUCGGCUAAAAGAGCAGGAGAUACUUAGCCGGAAGAAAGUCCCGCGAUGACUGUUCUUUGUACAGUCUGCUCAUACAGUGGUGGGCAAUCUGAUAUAUUUCCUUUGUCCAGUUGCCCUUGUUUCUUUUGUGAUAAAAUGUUAAUUUGCUGCCGUUUGAUGAUAUGUAUCAAUUCAAUCUUCAUGUGUCUUAGCGGGCCUUGUUGACGUGAUCA